AUGGCGGCGCCCACGGAUGCGCCCGGCGGCCACGUGGGCAGCGGGUCCGAGUCUGAAUCCGAAUCCGGGUCCGGGUCCGGUUCGGAGCCCGAGGCCGGUUCGGGCGGCGGGGCGCUGCUCGCCGCGCUCCCGCGCUGCCCCGCGCUCUUCGCCGACGCCUUCCCCGAGCGGCGGCGCUACCGGCUGUGCGGGCGCGUCGUGCGCAUCGCGCAGCACCACGGCGCGCGGCUCGGCGUGGCGGCGCCCGUGUGGGAGGCGGCCCUGGCCCUGUGCGCCUACUUCGAGGAGCAGCAAAUGGACUUCCAGGGCAAGAGCGUCAUCGAGCUGGGCGCCGGCACCGGCAUCGUGGGCAUCCUGGCCGCGCUGCUGGGAGGGGACGUGACCAUCACGGACCUGCCCGUGGCCUUGGAGCAGAUCCGGGAGAACGUGCGGCGGAACGUGCCGGCGGCGCGGGCUCCUCGGCCCCGCGUCCGCGCCCUCUCCUGGGGCCUGGACCACGACGCCUUCCCGCGCGGCGCCUACGACGUCGUCCUGGGCGCCGACAUCGUCUACGUGCCCGAGACCUUCCCGCGGCUGGUGGCGACGCUGCGGCACCUCGCGGGGCCGCGCACCGUCGCCCUCCUCUCCUCCAAGAUGCGGCGGGAACUCGGCGCCGCCUUCUUCUUCGAGACGCUGCUGCCGCGGCACUUCCGCGUGGAGCUGCUGCGGCGCCACGAGGAGCAGGACAUCAACAUCUACCGGGUGACCUGCCCGGCCCCRGCCGGGGUCCUGCCCCUCGCAUCCCACUCGGACCGGGAUGAGGGCUUUGUCCCGACGCAGGCGGCACCCGGCAUGUCCCAGGAGCCGCCCUGAAGUGCAU